AUGCACUCAUAUAAUAGCUUCACUUGCAAUGUCUCAGUUCUCCAUGUAAACACAAGCUUUGGAAGUGUAAUUGAGAUGGCUCAAAAUCUCAGUUUACAAGCAGCUUUCUUGUUCAUCUUUUUUACUAUUGUAUCAGGGCAAAAUAUUUCCACAACAACAAAAACUUUCACCUUGCUCAACAACUGCAAAGGAACAAUAUGGCCUGGCUUAAUAACAAAAGGUGACAGUAGUCAUGGGGCUGGUUUUACCUUAAAUCCAGGCCAAACUGCCUUCUACAAUGCCCCAACUGGCUGGAGUGGCCGGAUAUGGGCUAGAACUGGCUGCAAUUUUGACAAAAAUGACACUGGAUCAUGUCAAACAGGCAGCUGUGGCACCUCUCUAAAUUGCUCAGGUCCAAGUAGUCCACCUAACACCAUUGCUGAAUUUACCCUCGGAGAUAUAGAUUUUUACGAUGUUAGCCUUGUAGAUGGGUUUAAUUUGCCUAUAGUUGUUGAGCCUCUUAGUGGUAAAGGGAAUUGUAGCAUUGCUGGCUGUGAUGGAGAUGUUCGGAACAAUUGCCCGACGGAGCUCUCUGUUAGAUCUGAUGGGAAGGUCAUUGCAUGCAGGAGUGCAUGCAAUGUGUUUGAUUCUGAUGAGUACUGCUGUAGAGGGGCAUAUAGUGAUCCUGUGGCAUGCGUACCUUCAAAUUAUUCGAGGGGGUUUAAGCAAGUAUGCCCUGCAGCAUCUAGCUACGCAUAUGAUAGGGACGCAACAAGCAUCAUAACAUGCUCUGCAUCAGACUAUAUUGUCACCUUCUGUGCAUCACGGAAUCAAACUUUCUGCAGUUACCAUGACAAUAAGGUCAUGUGCAAUGCAACAAAUAGCUCAAAAGCACUGCCACUGCUACCUCAAGGAUGGUGGAAUCUGAUGGUGAUAUUGCCCCUGGCAUUUGUCUUGCAAAUCAAAAUUUAGCAGUACAUGCAAUUCGGUGUAUCAUGUGAUUCAUUUUUGAAAUGUUUAGUUUCCCCAUAUAAUGUAUUUUGGUUUUUGGCUUGGUUCUCUCAUAUAUGGAAGUGUGAUGUGAUUUACUAGAUGAUGUAACUUCAUAGCUAUGAAUCAGAGAAGAAUUUUGAGAAAA